AGGUGACCCGGCCAGCGUCCCAAGAUGGCGGCGGUGUCGGCGCCCCGGAGGCCGUGGCACCCUCUCGGUUGCUGAGACUGGCCCCGCGCGACUGGCGACUGACGAGUUGGGCCUAAAGCCGGCGAAACGGGCGGCUGCCGCCUCUGAGCUCUAGAAAGUCUGGGCUGGGCCUUGCGGCGGUGCCAGGAAAUGCUUGUGUUGGGCCUGGCCUCUCCUUCUUCAACUUAGGGCGGCGGCGGGCCCUCGCCCCUGGCUCCCCGGCCAUGGCGCUGAGGGAACUCAAAGUGUGCCUGCUGGGGGAUACAGGUGUAGGUAAAUCCAGUAUCGUAUGGCGUUUCGUGGAAGACAGUUUUGAUCCAAACAUCAACCCAACAAUAGGGGCAUCUUUUAUGACCAAGACUGUCCAGUACCAAAAUGAGCUACAUAAAUUCCUAAUCUGGGACACGGCUGGACAAGAACGAUUUCGUGCCUUAGCACCAAUGUACUACCGAGGGUCAGCUGCAGCAAUAAUUGUCUAUGAUAUCACAAAAGAAGAGACAUUUUCAACAUUAAAAAACUGGGUAAAGGAGCUUCGACAGCACGGCCCUCCUAAUAUUGUAGUCGCCAUUGCAGGAAAUAAGUGUGAUCUUAUCGAUGUAAGAGAAGUCAUGGAGAGAGAUGCUAAGGACUACGCUGACUCCAUCCAUGCAAUUUUUGUAGAGACCAGUGCAAAAAAUGCGAUAAACAUAAAUGAACUCUUUAUAGAAAUAAGUCGAAGAAUUCCAUCCACUGACACCAACCCACCAUCUGGCGGUAAGGGCUUCAAACUCCGAAGACAGCCUUCAGAGCCAAAACGAAGCUGCUGUUGACUAAAUCUCAGAUACUUAGACUCAGUGAUGAAGUAGGUGGUCCUGAAAGUAAACAAGAUGACUUGGGGGCCCUGCCACCAGGUAUCAGCUAGACAGUCUUGGGUCUCCAUACAAAAAGGAUUUACAGAAACUAUUUCCUAUUUGAAGACUGCAGCAAUAAUAUUUCACUCUGUAGACUUCUAUUAUGUAAAGACUCUGGUGUACAAAGGGACUACAUCAUCUGUUGGCAUUUGACCUUGCUGGAAAGGAAUGUAUAAUUAUAUGGAUGGUAGGAUUACAUUGUUGGAUAGUUUUGUAAUCAAGAUUUUGUGUAACAUUGUAAAGGGAAAAUUAGCACUUUCUUGUUCUUGAGGGAAAAAAGGCCUGGUGGAAAUUAUUAUUUCCUUGGUUCUCCAUUACUGCUGUUGCAGGAGUUGUAUCAUUUAAAGUGUGGUAGGAUAUCAUAAAUGGAGGAAUGGCAAUUGUUAUUUGAGGUUAGGAUGUAUUAUUUAUAGUACUGAUGGAAAUGAUUUUAUCCCUACCACCUCUGAAGCACUUUCAUUGAAUACAUGAAUGCAGGAUGCAUACAGUAAAUUAACAUAGUAACAGUACACCCUAGGUUUGCAUUCUGACUCUGUCACAUUAUGUGUCACCAAGCACAUUAUUGGCACCUUUCUAAAUAAGCUCUUAGAAUCAAGACUGUGGUGGUGGGGAAUCUGCCUGUAACAAAUUGAAUUGCAUAUGUUUAAACUGACUAGCAAUGGUUUUAAACAAAAGGAAGAAGAAAGUGAUGUAAAUGCUGUCAAUUUUUUAUUUAAUCCAAAUAUUUUGGUGGGAAAAAUAAUUAUCUGUUGCUUAGCACAUGUAAAGUUGUAGUCUAUAUUUAUGAGUCCAUUGCUUAAAGAUUAUAAAUUAUGUAAAUACAUUAAUAAAUUCUAUAUUUCAUUCAA